AUGAGAUCCAAUGUUGAUGGAGUCAAUUUGGAUUUACGAGUUGAUUCAUCAGUUUUUGAUAUAGUGGUACCACUUCCUAGUUUAAGCAACGAUGUAGGUUCGACUCCAGAAAGUAUUUCAAGUGGAGGCGAUGAGUAUAAUGGAAUCAGUUCCACAGCCGUUGUGAAGAUUUCGGGUACUAGGAUAACUGGCAUCAAUCUACCAGUACUAGCAGUUGAAAAAAAGUCGGCAGGUCUGGUUGGUAUUGGUGGAAACCCCGAUCAAGGAGUAUUUGGAAUUGGCUACUCCUCGUUGUCAAAACAUCAUUCACAAACCACUGCAAUGGAUGCUUUGUACAACAAUGAUGUCAUUCCCAAUAACGAGAUUAGUCUUCAAUUGUGUCAGUAUGACAUGUUGCAGGAAAGUUUCAUCAAUAUAGGAAACACGGAUAUAACUGCAAAAUGCGGAACAGAUGGAACAAGUGUUGCAUGGGUAGACUCACCAUCAAAUGAUCGCCAUACUGUCUCUUGUUCAUUGACGUAUAGUGACAUAUUUAUGUAG